ACGAUAUACUACUAGCAGACCUAAAGUUAAAAAUUAGUUUGAAAAUUAAACAAAACGAAAAGCCCUUUUGAACGGAAGUGACAUAAAAACAAUAAAAAAUAAUGAAAUAAAUUGAAAAUAACCAAAAAGAGCAAUUUAAAGAAAACGUGUUAAAUUUAUUAAUUAAUUAAACAAAAUUUAUAUUUGUGUGUGUUAUUGUUAUUAUUUACAAAUAAUUAAACAAAUCAAAAAAAACAUACAACAUGUUUUCAUGGUGUUUUAAGUGUCAAACUGCAGAUGAUGAUGACUAUCAUCAACGACCCAAAACUCGUAAUACUACGGCAAAUAAAUCCCAAAGAGGCAACUAUACCGCCGUUCCCGUACCAACGACAACAACAAAUGAAACUGAGGAAUCUAAGAAAACUGUGGAACAAUUGCAGUUAGAAGUUUUGGAAGCUCAUAAUAGAUAUAGAGCCAAACAUGGUGCCGGACCAUUGACUUUGAGUAAACAAUUGUGUGCGUUCGCCACUGAAUGGGCAAAACACCUAGCCAAUAGCAAUUCCCUGCAACAUCGCAGAAACAAUAAAUAUGGUGAAAAUCUUUAUAUCGGCACUGGCAUGGGACCACAAACCCAUGAGUUGGCCGUGCAGGCCUGGUAUGAUGAAAUCAAAAAUUAUAAUUUUAAUAAACCAGGAUUUUCCUCAAACACGGGACACUUUACGCAAGUAGUAUGGAAGACGAGUAAGGAAUUGGGAGUGGGUAUAGUUAACAGAGACAAUCGUACUUGGGUGGUGUGUAACUAUGAUCCAGCCGGUAAUGUUAUGGGUAAUUAUAUGGACUGUGUGCCACCUUUAGUAGAGCAUACUGUGGCCAAAAUAAUUGACAAGAUGAAGGGUCCCAAAAAGAAUAUUUUUAAGAGACAACAACAGAAGCAAGAUGUUAAAGAAGUUAAAGAGGAUAUACCAAAGGCAAAGACGGACACACACAGUGCUAGGGACUUGAAAUUGUGGUCCAAGUAUGAAUUGGAAUGUUUGGAUAGUCAUAAUAAAUAUCGAGCCUUACAUGGCAGUCCUGCCAUGAAACUUAAUAGAAAUCUGUGUAAUUUGGCGCAAGAUUGGUCGAAUAAAUUGGCCAAAAAAAAUUCCAUCUCACAUCGUCCACAAAAUGAAUAUGGUGAAAAUAUUUAUUAUUGCGUGAACAUGGAAGCCACAGCAGAACAAUGUGUUAAAAGCUGGUAUGAUGAGAUAAAACAUUAUAAUUUCUCCAAACCCGGAUUUAGCUCUCAAACGGGACAUUUUACUCAGGUGGUAUGGAGAGAUUCCCUAGAACUGGGUGUGGGCAUUGCCAAAGCCAACAACACAACAUUUGUGGUUUGUAAUUAUUCCCCUGCGGGUAAUGUUAUGAGUCAAUAUAAAGAUCAAGUGCCAAGACCAGGGGCCAAACCAACGACCAGCAAACAGCAACACAAUACAUCAAAUGCAGCUGGUAGUAGUAGGUGCUCAAUUGUUCAGGCAACAAUCAAAGAUCAGCCGACAUUCGAAGAAGUCUGUUUGGAUAGUCAUAAUAAUUUUCGUGCCAUACAUGGUGCUCCGGCCAUGACUGUAAAUAAAAAUUUAAGUGUCUUUGCCAACGAUUGGGCACAACAUUUAGCAACGCAUAAUAAAAUUAUGAAUCGAACAAAUAAUCGUUAUGGUGAAAAUCUUUUUUAUGCCAACGAUAAGGAACUAGAAGGUCAUGAACCCGUUGCAUUUUGGUACAGUGGUAUUGAUGAUUAUAAUUAUCAAAAUCCCGGUUAUAUAGCUGCCUCGGCCAGUUUUACUCAAGUUAUAUGGAAAAAUUCCCAAGAAUUAGGUGUGGGCGUGGCCAAAGUUGGCCGUUCUACUUAUGUAGUUUGUAAUUAUAAUCCCAAGGGUAAUAUUAAAGAUGAAUUUGUUGAAAAUGUUCUCAAGGUGGGAGGUGAAUGUGUUGUAAUGUUUAGUAAACAUCGGGUUCCGGAAAAAGUGGACAAUUUUGCUGAGAAUAUGUUAAAAUGUCAUAAUAACUAUAGGGCCAAACAUGGUUGUCCUAUGUUGCAAUUAAGCCAAGAAUUGAUGGGUUAUUGUGAGAAGUAUGCUGAACUUCUAUCAGAUAAUGAACCGUGCUCCGCAAUUUCGCAAUAUGCCAUCAGUAUUAUACAUUUCCCCGCAGUCAUACCAACAGCCGAUGAAAUUGUAAGCAAUUGGUAUAAUGAAAUUACAAAUUAUGAUUUUCAAAAACCACAAUUCAAUGAGGACACAAAACAUUUUACACAAAUCAUAUGGAAGAGUACAAAAUUUAUGGGAGUUGCUGUAAGUAAAAGGGAUGAAAAUUCUAUAGUGGCCAUAAGUUAUGAACCAUCUGGUAAUAGAGAAAAUCAAUAUGCAGAAAAUGUACCGCCAGCAAUUUAAAUUGAAUUUUUUGGCUGUGUAUUAAACUUUUUCUAAAUAAGUUUAUUUUUAUUUUACUUUUUUUCCCUCAUAUGUAUGUAUGUGUUAAUAUAAUUGUAUUAAAAUGUUUAAAAUUUUUUUGUAAAU